AUGGGAGGAGUCGCCGCCCUAUCCCGUCCGCCUUCACGAGUCGACAAUUCCAUGACGGAACUCUCCUCCAAGCAUGCCGCGGCUUCGCCAAGCAACGUCAAGUCCUUUAAGGAUCAAGAAGAAAUGAACGACCCAGACCUCCAGCGUGCAAUGGCCCAGUCACUGGGGCGGGGCUUGCCAGCACAAGAAGAGGGAUUGGCAGGAACUGGUGCACAUCCAGCUCAUACCGGCGUGUACACCGGUCCAGUGCUGGUAAGCCAGAUCAACCAUUGGGGCAAGUUCUACACCAAGCCCGGGCCACCUAUCGGCUCGCUGUCCCCACAGGGCACGCCACCGCUUCCACGGACCAGCACGAACUCUAAGGGUAAGCAGUUCGCUGUGCACGCACCGGAGGCAGACGAGUGUGCCCUGAUCCUUCACAAGGAAUGCUUAGCGAGCGACACCACAGCGCCUAUAUAG